UGCCAGCCUCGCCUCGCUCCUCUGUCUCCAUCUGCCCCCCCCCUUCUGCCAACUCCACAACUCUGAUCGUCGUCUCACUCGCCAGCAAUGUCCCGCCCCCGAGCCACCAAGGUCAACUCUGUCUCCAUCACGCUGUGCCAGGACAUCUUCAAUGAGAUCUCGAACCUGAUCGGCCCGAUUGCCCAGCGCCUGGCUCUCGACACCAAGAUCGGCGACCAGCACAUCAGCAAGGACCUGAUGCUCCUCGGUAAGAAGGAGCUCGCCUCUGCCAACAACAUCAAGAUCGAGACCUUCAACAUCAAGCUCGUCGAGAUGCCCAUCCAAGACGGAUUCAUCCUGGUCAAGAUCCGCGAAGUCGACGUCGAUGUCUCGCUCGACCUCGAGGCCGUCGGCGCCUCGCUUGGAAAGGUCUGGAUCGACAUUGACCUCAACAUCGAUGCCAAAGUCCGAUUCAGUGAAACCGAUGGCAAGCUCAAGACCGACGUCUUUGACGUUGCCAUCAACAUCGCCAACUUUGACGCCAAGAUCGGCUCGGGCUUCACCGGCAAGAUUCUCUCCACGGCCAUUGACUUUGUUGAAAACGUUGUCAAGUCGCAGAUCUCUUCGGCCCUGACCCAGCCCAUUGACGAGGCCCUCACCAGCGGCCUCGACUCGGUCCUGGGCCGGGAUCUGGACGUUGCCGGCAACGUGUCCACCGUCUUCUACCGCCUCAAUGUCGACUUCAAUGGCAACCCUGUGAUUACCGCGGCCAAGGGCGUCGAGAUCUUCGUUGCCAUCGACAGCGUGGUCAGCAAGGAUGGCCCCAUCGGCGGUGCUCCUGCGGCUGCUGGUACCCCUGGUCCCACUCCCAUGUCUCCCUAAUCUGGAUCAUUUGGACCCAAGCCUCUGUUGAUGCCAUGUCCUUCUUGCCAUUCCACUCCUCUCCUCCAGCCCCUGGCCCCUCUGCUCUUGGGCGAGUGGACUAGCUCGGUCUCGCUUGGUUUGGUUUGAGCCGGUCAAUGAAGCACAAUAUGAGAGACUGAACAUGAAUCGGGG